AUGCAGGACGCCUGGAUGGUUUGCUGGGCCGAGGAGAUCCUGAAGUAUACCGGCCGUAAUAAAACGGGAAUCUUCUUCGCAGCGAUCAAGGCGAUUUACUGUUCCCCAACCAAAGGAACCGCACUGCUUCUCAACUCCGAUGGUUCAACGCUCCUCCGCAAUCCCCGACGGCUACAGCAACCUGCUAUUUCAAGCGGAAAUCAACAUCGAGUUAGAUCUUCCCCCUCCCUCCUAGAAAUUAUUCGCAUCAUGCAACAACUCUGCAUCAAGAAGGCAUCAUGUACCGAUGCAAUCCAAGCCAAAAUCUACAUUCACGACGACCAUCGGCUGGUGGAUCACCUCACGGCACUCUUCUAUGAGAUGUCGCAAUAA